UAUUAUUACCAGGCCAUCAAAACUUUAAAAAAAAGCUGUAGAUUACGCACUCAUAUUGAGCAAUAUUUUCAUUCAAAUUCUGUCGUGAUGAGAUAGUGUGUUUGUUGAAAAAUAAUAAAAUUUGUUCUCGAAAUAAUUAAAAAUAAAAAUAUCAUUGAAGUAAAUUAUUCACGAUAUUGAUCGGAUUAUGUAAUUAUUUCAGUAAAACAUUUUAAUUUUCACAUCUUUCUGUCUUUUAAUAAAAUACAUUAAAGUUGUAUCUACACGAUGUAUUAAAUUUGUUAGUAGUGUUGAAAAUUCAAAAUGAGUGAGGAAGUGAAUUUCGUUGAUAUCCUAGAGCCGAGAAGGACUGAAUCCGACACAUUUCGCUACAUGACUCGUAGGUGGGACCUUGUAAAAACUAUGGCCUUAGAUAAAAUCUAUUCGCCUGAAGAUCUUAAAGAUUUUGUGGCAAAAUCGGUUUAUUUAGACAAUUUUAUAGAUGCUGAGAGCACCAGGACAGGUGUUAGCAAAACAGAAUUGCACAAAGAAGUAUUGAAUUACCUUGAAGAAAUGGGACUAGAUAAAAAAUUACAUGUCAUAAGAUGGAUGGGUGUCUUCUUCCUUAAAAUUUCAUUCAUGAUGAAGAUCAAACUAUUUGUCAAUGAACCAAAAGUGCUCCAGCUAAAAUUGACAAUGGGAAGAAAUCCUGUGUUGUUUCUUCCAACACAUCGCAGUUAUGCAGACUUUUGUCUUAUGACCUAUCUGUGUUGUCAUUACGAUAUUGACUUUCCUGCUGUUGCUGCCGGAAUGGAUUUUUACUCAAUGGCCAUUGUGGGGCGACGUAUGCGUGAAACGGGCGCUUUCUAUAUCAGGCGAACUUUAGUGGGUUCACCUCUGUAUGCGGCAACAUUGAGAGAGUAUGUACGGACUGUAGUAGCCAAGUACUCAUCUCCCAUUGAAUUCUUCCUAGAAGGCACAAGAAGCCGGAGCAAUAAGAGCUUACCUCCAAAAUACGGUAUGCUUUCGAUGAGCCUGAUGCCGUACUUCGCUAGAGAAGUUAGCGACAUUACCAUAGUGCCCGUGAACAUCAGCUACGACAGGCUCAUGGAGCAGGGACUGUUCGCGUACGAACAUCUCGGCGUGCCUAAACCCAAGGAAUCCACUGGAGGUCUCUUGAAAUCACUACGCAGCCUGAACGAUCACUUCGGCAACAUAUACAUCAACCUCGGCUCGCCGCUGUCCCUAAGAGGGUACUUGCAAGACGAAUCGAGAGCCACCGAGGAAAUAAUGAAACCGAACGAUCUCCAGCAAAUUACGCCGGAACAAUUCAGGCAGGUGCAGGACGUGGCGGAGCACGUGAUAAGCCUGCAGCAACAGAGCACGGCGGUCACGAUAACCAAUCUAGUAGCUAUAGUGCUCAUGCAGAGCCUGGUGCGAGACGAGCCCCUGUCUCUCGAUGGAGUCGUCGUUGAAGUGGUCUGGGUGGUCGGAGUGUUAGGAAAGCUGGGCGCUUCAGUGUUCGAGAAUGACGUCAAAGGCAGCGUCGACAGGAUCCUCGUGGUCCACAACAAGCUGCUGCGUGUCGAUUCAAAACGAAAAUUGAGACUGUUGUCGGAGACUUUGAUGAACAUGUCCAGUGAGGUCAAGAAAAAAAUUAAAGGACACACUCUGGAAGCCGACACCAUGGCCCUGGCCAUACCAGUGAUACAGCUGCAACUCUACGUCAACCCAGUAAUGCACUAUCUGUUUCCACCGGCUCUGGUGUACCUCAUCGCCUCUAGAGGGGUAGACAGAGAUAUGUUGGUAACAGAUUACAAUCGCCUCAGGAAACUCUUUCGGAACGAAUAUUUUUACGUAGAAAAAAAUGAAGAAAAGAUUUUAAAAGAAGCAAUAGAGUACUGCACGGCAAACGGCAUCCUGAUCUUCAACGGGGACAAAUACAGUUGCGGGUCGGAUGAGAAGUUGCAGAGGUUGUUGAAGUGGUCCGCGUGGCCGGCGCUCACCGUUGCCAUUAAAUGCGCUGAAAUUAUGACCGAGCAAACGACCUGCACACAAAAAGUAGCGCUGAAGCUGAUACAGCAGCGGGUCGAGUCCCAGCGCUGCCACCCGUACUGCCUCAGUCUGGAGGCCGCGGCCGGCUGUCUGCGCGGGCUGCUCACGGUCGGAGCGCUGCACAGACAAAAAGAUGCAGACGAAACGUACACCGUGGUGCCGGACAAAAUGAACGAGUACCACGGCCUUUUAAGUUUAGUCACUCCGAGUUUUAACGUGGACUGGAGCAGAAACAACACUGUGAUAUUAGACCAGAGAACCUCGUCUAGACUGUGAAGUAUUCAAGUUUCACUUUGCCGAUAUUCGCGAUUCUUUGUAAUCGUUUACACUGGUGGUAGGACCUCUUGUGAGUCCGCACGGGUAGGUACCACCACCCCGCCUAUUUCUGCCGUGAAGCAGUAAUGCGUUUCGGUUUGAAGGGUGGGGUAGCCGCUGUAACUAUACUGAGACUUUAGAACUCAUAUCUCAAGGUGGGUGGCGCAUUUACAUUGUAGAUGUCUAUGGGCUCCAGUAACCACUUAACACCAGGUGGGCUGUGAGCUCGUCCACCCAUCUAAGCAAUAAAAAAAAAAUAAAAAAAAAUCAAACGUUUGUGAAUAUCGUUAAAAAACGAAAAAUCGCGACUUCAAAUCAAUCAUCCACAAACAAAUCUUGUCAUCCAUUUUAUUUUUUACCAUAUAAAUAAAAUAAUUAAGUUGUCAUGGCCUAAAGGGACACUCAUUAGACUAGCAUAAUUUUUUUUCAAUUACAAAUCUGUAUUUAUUGUUUGAAAGUAGAUUAAUGGAUUAAUGGUUUCUUUAGUCUAUUUCGGUAUUUGGAAACAGUAUGUCAGUAAAAUAUAUUUAGGUUAGUUGAUUGUUUAACAAUGAAAUUUGACAAUCGUGAAUGCAAACAAUUUUAAAAAUUGCAAGUUAUGUGACUAAUUCACAAAAUUCUAAUUGCUACCACAAAAACCAAUCAAUUUAUUCAGUACUUAUACGGUACAGUAAUACUAUUUGCAGUGUUAUUAAAAAUCUAGUCCAGCCUCCAGGGUUAUUGACUAAAAAAAUAUAUUAAUAUAGUAAAUAACAUAAUAAUGAUAUUUUACUUUUACUCCUUAAUUAUAGUUUUUAAGUACCUGCUUAAAAUCGUGUGAUCCGCUUGCCAUUGAGAGUUGUUGCCAGAUGAAACGAAAGUCAAAGAAACAAGUGUUAAACAUUUAUUAGUUUGUUAAUGCUUUCACUUUGCAAUCAGUAUUCUUUGUUUGAACAUGUACAAAGUGUUUUUAGUAUCGUUAUUUGCAAUACAUUCCACUAAUUAAUGUUUUCUUCAAUCUUUAGGUUGAGUAACUUAAUAACAAAUAUAAAAGAAUGCAUUAAAAUGCGAUGCUCAUGUUAUUAUGUACCUAAAUAACGUACGUCAAUUCAAAUGAAAAUAAUAAGAUACGUUUUUCAAAUUUGCUUGUUUUUGUUAAUUGUUUUUUGUUGUUAUAACAUCAGUAUUGUAAAUAGUAUUUUUAUUUGUAAAUAUUUAAAACGAUGAAUUUAAUUCGUGUUGAUUUAUGUUCACCAGUAAUUAAUUUAAGGGUUUCGUUAAUGGUUUUAAUACUGAAUAAAAUGAUUAUAAAAAUG